UUUGGCAAAGAAGGUCCGCUAAAUUCAAACUGUGGAAGAGAAGCGGUGUUGAGUUUGGGGGUUUUCUCACCGCGCGGUGCAGUGAGCAGUGUAAGAGCAGGAGUCUGAGUUCUCAUCAUGUCAUCAGCGAUUGUGAACGGCCUGAGCUCCACGGUAUCUGGGAUGUGGCGUUCGCACAGCGUUCUCUCGGAGUCUGAGCCCGAGAGCUCUCCUGAGGCAGCACAGCAGUUUCGAAAGCUCCGCUCGUCCAGCUCGCUCAAUUCCCUGCGCAUGUCUCUGAGGAAGAGACUUCCUCUGAAGACUGUGCAGCCCACCACCAACAUCCCAGAGGAUCCAAACAGCGAGGUGUUUCAGAAAAGCAAGAAGACGAGCGCUGUCACGCAGAUCAAGCGCAAUGCCAAGAACACCAUCGGCAACGCUCAUCAGAAGUUUCAAAAGAACAUGCUGUCACGUGACGAGUGCCUGGUGAGGACGCCUGGCAGAAUCUUGGAAGGAGAAGACAACGAGUUUGCUCCGUCAUCUGCACGCACCCCGAAACGGCAAGCCAUGACCCCCAGGCACACGCCAAGAUCAGGCACGAAGCGUACUCCAGAACCCAGUGGGUCGGCUGUGAGGGCAGUGAAAACAGGAAGAACCAGGAGGCAGCUUGUACGCAUGGCAGCACUCAGGAGCCCCUUUGCAUCUCCCAACGUGGAGAACCGUCACAGGCAGUUUGAUCAAGACCUGGACGGUGUAUCAAAAGGCCUCAGGAAGCUAAAGCGACUCUCUCAGGCCUUUGAUGAAGUCAUUGGGAGAGACGAGCGGACUGAGGCCAUGGAGCAUUACAGAACAGUGAUGGCUCAGACCUACAGCUCCAACCUGAGCAGCGUGACGGGGAAAUUAAACAGAUCCUUCAUCCGCCAGCAGAGUCGACGAAUCCGUCACAGGGUGGGCAGCUGGACCGAUGGUGCGCUCUCAAACCUCCGCAAAACCACAUUAAGAUAAAGCUACCGUUCUCUUUUUAUUAUGGUGUGUGUGUGUGUCUCUCUACAUGUUUCUCACCAUUAGUCACGAUUUCUCAUUGUUUUUGUUUCUUUUAAUGAGUGUAUCCUAAAGGAUGGAAUGCAGAUUAAGGUACGUUGUUACCUGACAAAUUAUCAUGCAGUUACGAUUUAAAGGUCACGGCUGUUGAUGUAAGAAAGCCAUCAAAAUGUUACCAUUAAAAAAAAAAGGUAUUAUUAUUAUUAUCAUCAUUUUUUUUUUAUUAUGUCUUUGGUGCAAUGACAACUAACAGUUGAAGGUAUUCAGACAAUAAUCCUGUUCUCACUUUUAAAACUAACACUAUAAUUAAUGUAGCAAAACAAAUAUGUUUACUAACUGUAACUAGUUUUCUAGUCCUGUUUUUAUUAUUCACUAUAUUUUAGACUCCACCUUUUUACUGAGGUGUCUGGAGGAUCCAAGUCAUCAUUUUUUUUUUUUUUUUUUUUUUUAGUGCGCACACAAGCUGUACUGUAACUUAACAACAUGGUCCAUAUAAGGGAGAAAAUGAUGCACAGGCAUUGAGAGUGCAAUCAGUGAGCUUCAAAAUGACUUUUUUGUUAAAAAGCAAAAAAUUAUUUUGAUUGGAUUUAUGCGCUUUUUUUCUCGAUACUAAGCAUGCUUUCAGAAAUGUUUACCUUUUGUACCUUAAUAAAAAAAAGUAUAAUUUUA